AUGUCCGGAAUGGGAAAUAACUUAUAUAAAUUUAUAAAUUUACCUCCACGUCCUCAUAUCGAAAAAAACCCAUCUGCCCUCAAACUAGUUGCUUCAUUCACGGCAUUUAGUUUGACCAUGUUGUUGGUCCGUGGCCCGCCGUCCUAUGUCUCGCUAUGUAUCGGUACGUUUCGAUUGUUGGAGAAGUUGUGUAAUAGUAGUGCUCGAAGAACGCUCACGACAUCUGCUUCAAAUAGUUCAGUUCCUAAUCAGAAAGAUCAAAAAAGUUGUAAUGUUGCGAUAAAUGGGUACGACAUUGAAUCUACUAAUAAGAACCAGCAAGAGGGAGUGGAGAUGGAAGACGAAGGAAGUAAUGAUUCAAAGCGCGUACGUCAUCAUCGUGAAUCAGCAGAAGUUGCUAGAAAACGAUUGAAGUUGGAUCUAAAAAGCUCUGUUGAUCGUGGAAUUGUUGAAAAUGGUUCAGAAUCGAAUGAAUCAAGAGAGGGUUCUUGUGAACGUAAUGAUUGUGGUCAUUUGAAAAAAUGUGCUUUGGAUAUUUCACCCCUGUGCUAUGGACGUGAAAAUAGUAGAAGUACACAUCAUACAGAUGGAAAUUAUAACAAAACUUUUCACCACAUUUCGAAGGGCGAGCAUGUUUGUUGUGCAUGUUAUGAUGAAAUAUGGAAAUCCGGUCGAACUGGUAAUGAUCGUUUUAAUGAGUGGAAAGGAAAAUGGGCUUCUGAAAGUCGUUGCACCCCAUGUAUACGAUUGUACAUUCAGGAUCAGUUACUUCCAUUUUGGUUGCAAUGCAAACUUUGCAAAAAGUUCAGACAUUUGCCUACUACUGUGAGGAGUAUAAACCGUGAGGACGUCGAGAGAUUUAUUUGUGGUAGUCAUACCGAAGCCGAUAAAGGUGGUACAAAUUACUCAUGUGACGUUGAAGAGGAAGAGUGUGUUCAAGAGGCUUCCGAAACGUUAUGGAUAAAGUCGGUCAGCAUUCCACCCUUAUUGCAUAAUUCACCUGCAGCUCCGUUUUUGCGACAUGAAUAUUACUAUGAUGAAGUAGGAAUUAGUCCUACUAAUGAAAUAUUUGAACAUGAAAGUGUACGAGGCUUUAUGCGCCCAUUCAAUAUUCCACACGAACAGUCGAUGGCAUUUUGUUUACGACCAGAUGUUAUGGAAUAUGAUGAAUUACACAGCUUCCCAGAAUAUGCUACUGAACCAGUUGCUUAUUUGGCUAUGCGAAAUCUUGUCAUUGCUUUAUGGAAUCUCAAUCCAUUUCAAUAUUUAACUGUGGAGUACUGCAUUCCAUACCUGAUUUGUCGGGGUCUUGCGCGAGUUUGGUAUAUUAAUGAAUUAAAUCGUGUUAUCAACUUUCUUAAUCUUAAGUCUCUUAUCAAUUAUGGUGUGUUAAAUUUCCCGAAAACUUCAAUGCUCACAUCAAAAUACAAUGACAUGGAAGUGGUCAUUGUUGGAGCUGGGAUCAGUGGUUUAACUGCGGCUCGACAGCUCCGUUCGUUUGGUGCUCGAGUAAAGGUCCUAGAAGCAAAAGGAAAAUUAGGCGGACGACUAUUGGAUGAUUGGUCGUUGGGCGUUGCAGUUGGCAGCGGUGCGCAACUUAUCACUGGAAUUAUUAACAACCCAAUUGUUUUAAUGUGCGAACAAAUAGGUGUUGUUUAUCGCGCGGUGAAAGACGAAUGUCCGUUGUUGGAUGCGGGAACUGGAAAACGAGCAUCGAGUAUUUGUGAUCGGAUUGUCGAUGAACAUUUUAAUUGUUUGCUGGAUUGUUUGGCCGAUUGGAAGCAGAAUGUAAAAGUUGGUGAUGAAAGUCUAUACGAUCGUAUAAUGGGUUUGCACAACGCAUUCCUAAAAACGACAGGGUUGAAAUGGACUGAGGAGGAAGAACGCAUGCUACAGUGGCAAAUAGGUAACGUGGAAUUUUCAUGUGGUUCAAAGUUGGAUGGAGUUUCGGCUCGUAACUGGGACCAGAAUGAAGCAGUAGCACAGUUUGCUGGUGUUCAUGCUUUACUAACUGACGGUACCUCGGAGUUAAUGCGUCGAUUGGCAGAAGGUACCGACAUUCGGUGUAAUCAUGAGGUUUCAAAAAUUGAAUGGCUGGGGCGAAAGAAAAUUCUCGUUAAAUGCAGUAAUGGAAAGAAGUAUUCAUGCGAUAAGGUUUUGGUGACUACUCCAUUAGCUGUGUUGCAAAAGGAAUUAAUUACAUUUGUUCCUGCCUUACCGCCAACAAAAACGGCAGCUCUAAAGAACUUAGGCGCAGGUCUAAUAGAAAAGGUAGCUGUGAAAUUUUCGCGACGUUUCUGGUUGUCCAUCUUGAAAAGCGACGGAACGUUGGAUUACUUUGGUCAUGUACCAAAAAGUGCUGAUGAAAGAGGGCUUUUCAAUAUGUUUUACGAUUUCUCAACUCGUGGAAAUAAAAAUCACCAUUAUGUUCUCAUGUCUUAUGUAUGUGGUGACUCGGUGAAUCUAGUAAAUGAAAAAAGUGAUGUGGAAGUGGUGGACAUUUUUGUGGACACUCUUCGCGAUAUGUUUCCGCAAGAGAAUAUCCCUGAUCCAGAAGGUUAUGUUGUGACACACUGGGGCCGGGAUCGUCACAUCGGUAUGUCAUAUACUUAUGUUCGAGUGGGUGGCAGUGGAGAUGAUUAUGAUAGGCUGGCAGAAGAUGUUGAUGGAAAACUGUUCUUCGCCGGAGAAGGAACGAAUCGUUUCUUCCCACAAACGAUGACUGGUGCUUGUGUAAGUGGUCUACGUGAAGCAGGGAAGAUUGCAAAUAGUUGGCUAAAGCAAACUUCGAAUUAG